GAGACACCGGCAAACGACGUCAAAAGCUACGGUAGCCUAUACACUGAGGGAAAAGAGGGGUAGCGCGGGAGGGUAACGUUAGAUAUUAAUAAUUAUAUUUUAAUAUAUUUGUUAGCCUAUAAAUGUCUAUAUAAAUUGACUGCCUGAUUUAUCAAUAGCUGGUUGCUGCAUAAAUAGUUUUUAGCCUUGUAGCCUAAUUAUUGCAGAAAUAACGGUAAACUGGAAAAUUCUACAGAAAUUUGACUAUUCUAACAGACAGGGCAGUACUGAGAGAGUGACUGACUGGCUUUACCGGAUUUACCAAGAGUCGUGACGAGAGGAGAGAGCAAAUAACGGAUCACCAAGGCACGGGGUUGGGGAUAUGUGAUCUGAUGAUCGCUUGCCAAGACGUGAGACUUUAACGGGAGCAGCAACUCCACUGAUCUGUUACCGAUUCGAAACCGGGAGAGGGAGUGAUAGGCACGAUAGGCACAAAGAGCGGAGGACGAAUCCCAUUGAGCCUCCUAUUCCCCGAGGGAGGAUAACGGGAGACGCGCACUGAAGACAACAACGCCACGGCAAAACGUGGAAAAAUAAACAAAAUCAUCUCAAACUACUCUGGGGAUUAUUUUACAACGUGGAGUGAAGAAUCUCUUGAAAUCGGGGCUCCGAACACACUCUCACUUCCUAAAGAGGACCCCGACUCUGCUCUGCACUCAGCCCGCUCUUCUCACACGGAACCCUGCAGAGCGCCUGUCGCUUUCACCGCUGUGUCCUGAUGAAGGAAGCCGACGCGAUCAAGCUGUUCGUGGGGCAGAUUCCUCGGAAUCUGGAGGAGAAGGACCUCAAACCGAUCUUUGAACAGUUCGGGAAGAUCUACGAGCUGACGGUGAUAAAGGACAAAUACACCGGCAUGCACAAAGGAUGUGCAUUCCUGACAUACUGUGCGAGGGAGUCGGCGCUGAAGGCCCAGAGUGCUUUGCACGAGCAGAAGACGCUACCGGGGAUGAACCGACCCAUCCAGGUGAAACCAGCCGACAGCGAGGGGAGAGGAGAAGACAGGAAGUUGUUUGUGGGCAUGCUGGGUAAACAGCAGAGUGACGAAGACGUCAAGAGGCUGUUUGAGCCCUUCGGCAGUAUAGACGAGUGUACUGUACUACGUGGCCCAGAUGGUACCAGUAAAGGUUGUGCGUUUGUGAAGUACCAGGGACAUGCUGAAGCUCAGGCUGCCAUUAGCACCCUGCAUGGGAGCCGCACACUGCCUGGUGCGUCGUCCAGUCUGGUGGUGAAGUUUGCCGACACAGAGAAGGAGAGAGGGCUGAGACGGAUGCAGCAGGUGGCGUCACAGCUGGGCAUCUUCAGCCCCACCAUGACACUCAACUUCCCUGCUUACAACGCUUACACACAGGCCGUCAGCGCACAGGCGAUUGUCCAGCAGCAGGCUCUGGUUGCUCAGUCAGCUUACCUGUCUCCUGUAGCAACUGUUGCCAGUUUACAGAUGCAGCAGAUGGCUGCGCUCAGCGCAAACGGAAUCAUUGCCACGCCCAUCACAUCGUCCUCCGAGUCUAGUAGCUGUCAAUCACAAUAUCUCCUCCACUGUGAUUGGUCCUCCCGGUUUGCAGGUACGAAUACCCCUCCAACCAUCUCAGCCACGCCUGUGCCAUCACUACCUCCACCUCUAGGAGUCAAUGGUUACAGUCCACCAACCAAUGGACAGCAAGCAUCGGAAGCACUAUACACAAAUGGCAUUCAUGCAUACCAAGCCCAGAGUCCAGCAUUAUCUCUAGACCCUCUCCAGCAGGCGUAUGCAGGCAUGCAGCACUACACAGCGGCGUACCCUGCUGCCUAUGGAUUGGUCGGCCAGCAUUUUCCACAGCAACCUACCCUGGUUGCCCAGCAACACCAGCAGCCCCAGCAACAGCAGCAGCGAGAAGGUCCAGAGGGUUGUAAUAUCUUUAUUUACCACCUGCCUCAGGAGUUCAGUGACAGUGAGAUGCUUCAGAUGUUUCUGCCCUUUGGAAACGUAAUCUCAGCUAAAGUCUUUGUAGACCGCGCCACCAAUCAGAGCAAGUGCUUCGGUUUUGUGAGUUUUGACAACCCAUCCAGUGCCCAGACUGCCAUCCAGGCUAUGAAUGGUUUCCAGAUCGGCAUGAAGAGACUCAAGGUGCAGCUGAAACGACCUAAAGACGCCAACCGCCCCUACUGAAGGAGAGAGGAGAGAGAGAGAACGAGAGAGAGCGAGAGGUGAAGUUUUCAGACUCUGGCUGUGGUGGAAUCCCAGCGUGCAUUGCGCCCUUAGACCUACUACCUUUCUUUUGAGCGACGGGGAACAGCAGACACACACACCACACACACACACACACCACACACACACCACACACACACAUUGCACUCUAAAAGGGCCAAGGCACAGAUAUUGACCAAUGUACAUAGUAUAGGCCUCGCACACACAAACACACACAUACUUUCAAAUACAGAUAUGUCAGUAAUCCUACCCAUUGAACUGGGCUCAGUUUGAAAAUGGUUUGUGAGGAGUCUGGAGUGUGUAGGGUAGUGAAGAUCACACACAUACACAGACCCAGGAAGUACUUACUAAGGUCAUUGAUGAGGUGAUGAAUAAUGGUGAUAUAUCACUUCUUUGGACCAUAACAUGUCUAUUACAUGUGUAUAACAUGUGUAUAACAUGAUACAAAUAGGAAGGCCUCAUUUCGUAAUAAAAAAAGCAAAACAGGAAAAAAUAUUGAGACAAAAUGAGUAGUUUAGAGAAACUUUGGAGAGAGAUCCUUAUGGCCUGUAAAUAAUUUAGUUUAAGAAGAGUAACAUCUAGAAAAUUACAAAAAAAUGCAAAAAGAAGAGUACUUUAGAAAAAUCACUGAAAAAUGACACAAUAUUAUUAUUAUUACUGUUAUUAUUAUUAUUAUUAUUAUUAUUAUUAUUAUUAUUAUUAUUAUUAUUAUUAUUAUCUUCGUUAAGGGAUAUUGUAUUAGAAAUAAAGAAAGGGGAGAAUCACAAACAUAUUUUCAAUUUCUACUUAGAUUUUAGGAUAAAUGUGGAUGGGAGGGACUGCACCUUUUCUGAGAGGUUUUAAUAUUUGAACUUUUUUUUUUAUUGACUAAUUUAUCAAUUAUUUUUGUUAAUAGGGAGAAAUGAUGAAGGGUUUAAAUGGGUUACAAGUUUCUGAUUUUAGAAUUUUUUAGAGCAAAAAAGGGUCUGUUUCUGUCAGACUCUGCAAUCGAGUAAUUAUAAUUAUGAAUUAAUUAUUACAACAAUUAUAUUUAUUUCUUAUUUAUUGAGUCCUGUUUUUGAUCCAAUCUCUUUUUAAGUUAAAAUAAAAAGUAUUAUACAUCAAA